AUGCCGGCUGCAACCGCGGGCAAAUACGAUCCACCCGACCACAAUGCUGUUGAUGUCGAGUUAGCUGUUGGCAGCACGUUUGGUGCCGGAUACAAUGAACCCGCUUCAUCAAGAUUCGGGUAUCCGUCGCCUGCGUCGGACGAUCCGACAAUAUCGCUGGCAGGAUCAGCCCGUUCUGUCAGCGCCAGAGCGGAGUUGCCCACGGAUGCGUUGAGUAGUGCUCGCGAGGACGUGUAUGACAGCAGCAAUAUAACAUCUCCAAACGUCACAGAUGUCGAGUAUAUAGACAUAUCGCUUGGUUCGCUGGAUAAGCCACUCAGGAGUGCUGGUGAUCUAGAGGCUGGCCCAUCGGAGCUCGAUAACACGCCCAGCAAUGCAUCGGUGUUGGGGGAGCAUCCCGCUGACGGAGGCGAUAAGCCUAACCUCUCUCGAUCGGCGGGCGGAUACGACUUGAAGCGCGUGCUGUUCGCAUUUUCAUUCUGCUGGUUGAGCACUUUCGUGGGUCAGGUGCUGCGGAUGCCGCUGUCAUCGUCGAAGGUUAACUUGCAACGGAGCCUGGGGCUAACUACGCUUGAUCUGACUCAUCUCGACACGGCGUUUUCCGUUUGUCAUGUCUUCGGCCAGAUAAGUUCGCCGGCGCUAUCGUCCAAGACGAAUAGUGUUGCCCUGGUUGCGAUAUACCAGUUUAUGAUGGGCUUUGCGAUGACACUGCUAUUCGCUCCGGACAGCAUGGGCUACUUCGUAGUGGUGUACGCUUUCGCAGGCUUUGUCAGCGGACCCGUCUGGGCGGUGUUGUUCUCACAUCUGUCGGAGUGGUUACCCAAGGAAUACAGUUUCCCGCUAAUUACGGUGUGGUUCACGGGAUCCGACCUGGGGGCUAUUGCUGGGACGUUGAUCUGCAUUUACGCUCAUGAGAUCUGGGGUUGGCGCAGCUCAUACGUCGUGAGUGGUUUGUUGAACAUGCUGGUGGCGGUUUUGCUAUUCUGCCUGUACGACAACUCCAAGGAGCCCACGUCUGACGGCCGGAUCGUGGACCCUCGUGCCAUCGUCCGCAGCAAUAUUCGGCAUUUUGAGCGUUAUGCGCGUCGCAUUCGCCACCGCCGCAACUGCGUGGAAUCCUUUAUCGCCACUGCGAGUGAACCUCCCGCGCCCGCCCCCGACUCUCGGCGAGAGUUCAUUCUGUCUGGUUUAAGCAACAUACAGCAGGAGGUGAAGGAGACUGCGGCAGGAUCCGUCAGCUUCUCUUCGUUCACAUUUUUCAUGCGAACCAGGGCGACUGGUCUGUAUUCUAAGGCACGCCGAAUAAGCGUGGAUUACGUGUCUGUCCUUUUUCGCGUGAGCUAUAUUGGUCGCAUUGCGGUUGCGUCCUUCAUUUUGAAGCUGGUGAGGAACUGUUUCAGCUCGUGGGUAAACUACUAUGUGUCCACCAUGUAUGCCUUUACGGUGGCACAGGGCAACUACGUCUCGCUGACGUUUAGUGUGGGUAACUGCGUGGGCAACAUGCUGGUUGCUGUCGUGUGCCAUGUAUUCUGGAAGGGACGGCCGUUGACUGCGUGCACGUACUUCUGCGGCACCACCGCUGUAGCGGUGUUGGUGUUCAGUCUGAUGAAUUUCAGCUGGCCGCUUCUCUCGUACUUCUUCUGUUUCAUAACCGGGGUUGUUAUGUCGGCCACUGAGGCUAUACUGAUGGCUCGUGGGAUAAAAUCCCUAUGCGAUCGUUCUGAGUUGACUCAGCAGGAGUCGCUCGUUGUCUACGGUUUCCUGCUGGCUGCUUCCACCGUCGGUUCUGUUUGCCAAGGUUUCUUGGUGGCAUUCGUGGUUGACUGGUACGGCUGGGCCACCUUGUACGGUAUGUUCGUGUUGGCGCUGGUGAUCGCAACGGCGCUGUUGAGGAAGCCAUCACGGACAGAAAUAUAA